AUGAAAGGUAUUAUUCUAGUUGGAGGAUUAGGCACAAGGCUGCGACCAUUGACUCUCACGGAGCCUAAGCCAUUGAUUCCAUUUAUGAACAAGCCUAUUAUUAUGCAUCAAAUUGAAGCUUUGGCAGCAGCUGGUGUCACAGAGAUCAUUUUAGCAGUUGGCUAUAUGCCCGAAACUUUAAAGCAAAGAUUAGAUGCUUAUACGUGCGAACUACCAGUGAAAAUCACCUACUCAAUUGAAGAAACUUCCAUGGGAACGGCUGGACCACUAUCUUUAAUUCGUGAUAUUCUUGAAAAUGAAACCGAGCCCUUCUUUGUGCUUAAUUCUGAUGUGAUCUGUGAAUACCCCUUUAAAGAAAUGAUUGCCUACCACCAGUUGCACCAAAGGGCCGGAACCAUUGCCGCAACUAAAGUGAACGAUCCAUCACGGUAUGGAGUUAUGAUUUAUGACGAGGACAAUACUUUACAGCGCUUUGUGGAAAAACCAACAACUUUUGUGGGUGAUCGCAUCAAUGCCGGCAUUUACCUACUAACUAAACGAGUUCUUGAUUACGUCCAGAAUACACCCAUGUCGAUGGAAAACGAUGUUCUGCCUAAAAUGGCCCGCAACCAAGAGAUCAAGGUCUUUAGUCUACCCGGGUUCUGGAUGGAUAUUGGUCAGCCUAAAGACUAUAUUCUCGGCCACCAACUUUACUUUCAAAGCACUUCAACUAACCGUAAAUCUGUCUUUAUUGAUUCAACCGCACGUAUUUCUCCCUCAGCGACAAUCGGUCCCAAUACAGUCAUUGGCCCCAACGUUAUUGUUGAAGAUGGGGCCGAGAUCGAAGACUCAGUUGUUCUAGAAGGGGCGCGGAUCAAAGAAAACUCUCUUGUUGCUAGCUCAAUUAUCGGCUGGCGCGCUCAAAUUGGCCGCUGGUCCCGGAUUGAGGACUGUUCUGUUAUUGGGGCUAAUGUUAAAGUCCAAGAUGGCAUUUACAUUAGUGAAGGCCGAAUUUUACCAGAUACACAGGUCUCUCUUCAUGUACUUAUUCCCUCCAAAACACAAACACCCAUUCAAACACCUACCACGCCUUAA